UGAAAGUUGGCUGUUUGAAUCAUCCCUGGUUGAAGGCGGCAAUCUACUCAUCACUUUGACUGUGGCGUGAUGCGUGCUAAAUGGAGGAAAAAGAGGAUGAGGAGGUUGAAACGCAAGAGGAGGAAAAUGAGGGAAAGGAGCAAGUAAUCAGACUGUCUUCUGAAACCUCUGUACUUCUGUGGGAUGUCAAAUAAACCUUUCUCACACUGACGUCUUCUUUGUGCUUUGAAUAGUGGGGAGCGUGACUAGUCUUGACCGUUGUAUAUGACACUUUGUAAACCAAUAAACUAUCUAACUGACUGCGACUUCUGAGUUGUUUGUAUUAGUAGAGAGGUCAUAUAUCUCGUCGUUCUUACUGUAGGCGGAGGAACCAGAAGAAGAGGUUGAAUAUUUGGAUGAAGACGUGGAGUGGAUUGCAGAUGAAGAUCGGCCAGUGGACAACUCUGAUGAAUCGGCUAACGAAGGCGAUAUGUUUGAAGAGCACAUGGAUGUUGUUCAAGAGUUCACACCGCCUCAAGAUGAUACAUUCCAGCUGUUUUCAGGACAUAAAGAAAGUGUCUUCUGUGUUGACUUUGAUUGUACUGGUCAAUAUCUUGUCUCUGGUGGACAAGAUCAUAUAGCUAUAAUUUGGAAUGUAGCAACGGGUGUAGCUGAAUUCAUAUGUCAAGGUCAUGAAGAUUCUGUCCACUGUGUCAAAUUUAGCCCAGAUGGUGCUUAUUUAUGCACUGGUGAUAUGGCUGGUAGUAUUCGUGUCUGGUUGAAACCGUUAAAAAGCGUAGAAAACUCCUUGGAAUGGAAAUUAUUGACUACACUGAAUACAGGAGAUCUCUUAUGGAUAAGAUGGUGGUCACCUCCAGUGAAUAGUAUUAUCAUGAAGUCAAAAGUUGACAACGCUGGAUUACCAAAUCCUGCUGUCCUAUUGGCUGGAGAUGAAGAUGGCCUUGUGACUGCUUGGCCGGUUAAAGCGAAUUUAACAAACACUAACAGUGCAGCUAGUCAUGCAAAAUGUUUAUCAGGUACUGGUCAACCAGCUAUUGAUGCUGUCAUUCUACCAAGUUCAAUGUAUACAGAUAAGCCAAAAUUAGCUGUCCUCUACAAAGAUGGUGAUUUACGUGUAUGGGAUUUAAAAACAGAAUCACAGAUCACUAGUCUUCAGCUGUUCAGUACACAUUCAAGUUUAUCUACUUUAUGCAGAGAUUUAGAAGUCUAUCAGUUGAUAUCACUAUCACCUCAAUCAUUAACUGCAUCUUCAACGGUUAUGAAUUCAAGCGAGAGUGAUGUAUUUCUAAUCACAGGGAAUGGGUUUAUAUGUCCUGUUUCACUUAAGCAUACUACUGAAAUGUUAGAUUCACGUUUAAAGGUUUUAGAUGUAAUCAAGACGGAGGAUGAUGGAUCAGUUGAAGCAUUGAGCUGUUCAUGGACGCAUCCAUUGUUUGCAUUCGGUACAGUGACUGGUAUCCUGGGGAUAUGUGAUACUCAAACACUUAGUAUACGUCAAAAAUGGAUAUAUAUCGAUGAAGAUGAUGGACAACCUAUUGGAAUUACAUCACUAUGCUGGAGUCGAUAUAAACCGAUAUUUUUCACUACAACUGUUAAAGGUUCACUAGUCGCAUGGCCUGGUAUCUCUGGUGAAAGAAUACAAUCUCCAGCUUUGUCUUCCUCUAAUCAAUCGAAAGAUCCAAUCCCGUUGAAAAUAUGGUGGGGUCAUAAAGCAAUGAUUUUAGAUCUGGCUUUACCGCCAUCCAAUCAUACUACUAAUAAUAAUAAUAAUGUUGAAAUAAACAGCAAAAAUGGAAAUGAAAAUGCUGUUCAGUUAUUGAAUAAUAAUAAUAAUAAAACAUUGAACCAUUUUUGUGUACAGCAUCAGAUGAUGCAACUGUACGAUUCUUUAAAAUUAAUUUUUCCUAAGAAGCAACGCUUUCUUUUUGACCUACAAUUUCUCGUUUUGGUUUUGAUUAGAGAUGGAGCUUGUCUAAUGUGACUGGAAUGCGCCUGCACAGUACACAAUAUUAUAAAUGACUUAUCAUUCGACGUUAUAUCCACACUGAGAUAGACAUAGAACUCAGAUACAACCGUUACAACAUUUGUUAUACAAACAAAAUACAUAGUGUCUUAUAUUUACAAAAACCCUCAGAAAUUUAAGCCACAAAUGAAUAAAACGAAUUUGAUUGGCUGUAUGAAAGCAAAGAAAUAAAUCCAUCAGAAAAUUGAGCCAUCAGUAAACCAAUCAAAACUGUUCAAUGAAUGCAUGCGACGUAAAUCACGACUUCGCGGCUAACAAUGAAGUUUCUCUGUCCUGACAGUUUUAAUGUACACUGUUUUUUGAAGGCAUUCUUGACAAAUUGUUUAUUGUUUUCAUUCCUUUGUGUCCUGAGUGAUGAAACAUAGAGGGCUUCAAGAGGCAG